AUUAGUGUAACCGACAUUUUGACAAUUUUACAUUUAAGAAUGCACAUAUUUUAAGUUAAGCUUCAAUUAAUGGUUUUGGCCAACAUAGAAUGGAUCGGUUCUCUUUGUGCUUUACUGACCUUAAUCUGUUCGAUAGAACUGAUAAUAACCGGAGUCCUUUUAUGGAAUAUUCCCGAAGUGCUAACUUUUACAAAGAGUCACGUCGCGACGCUCUCCGGUCUGAUAGCUUGCUUUGUUACCCUACCGGCGGUGAUUCGCUUCAAAACCGCCCGCAUGACACCAAAUAUGGAUAGAACUUACGGUUACACGAUAUGCUAUCAGCGGUUGACCAUAACCGUUGCGGCCACCCUUCACUUGUCUGCAACUAUCUUAACAGUGGUUUCUUUAAUUGUCGGCGUUCACACAGGCGCCGACUUCUUGAAGUUGAUGAGAAGUUACAACACAAAGCUCUCCGCUAAGGUCCUAAUAGACAACAUACAGUUCCUUUUGCAAUGCUGCGGGGCGUACUCGUACAAGGACUGGUUUGGGAACAAGGAAGAAGGCUAUCCCUGUCACGAUAUAUUGGUCAGGAAUUCCAUCGAAUUCGACGAAGUUCCGUUUUCGUGUUGUCGCAAGUUGUCCAACUCCAGUUGCUCGUUUAGGAACGUACGAGAAACCGAUACCAUCAACACACGCGGGUGUGGUUUAAAACUGGAAAGUUCUAUCCAUGCGCUGCUCUGGUUCGAAUUUGCCGUUUACGGGAUAUGCUUUUGUUUGGAGGCUGCCAUAAUGGUCUUGCUAACCGGACCCGUGGAUGAAGAAGAUCGUGCGGGCACGAAUGAUGAGUCGGUGGAAUGGUCAACCUUUCAUUAUUCCGACGCGGUGAUACCUCCAACUUCCCAUAGUGAAAAGAGAGUCUCGAAAGGAAUAUAA